UGUUCUUAGUCACUCUCAUUUCUCCUCCACUUUUGCCUUUUGGUUUUGCCUUUUCAUUUUCUGUUGGAGAAAAUGGCUCCGGUUACUCGAAGAAUGGCCUUCCCGAAAGUCGUCAUUGAGAGGGACUCUGACUCUGAACAGAGUAGCUCUGACGAGGAACCCGAUGAAGAGGAACAAUCUGAAACACUGGAAGACGAUGAAGAAAAGGAAAAUGGCAUUGCGGAGAGGGGAGACGUUGAGGGAGUUGAAGUGGGUUUGGACGCAAAGAAAGGGAAAGCACCUAUCACUAUCAGUCUCAAGAAAGUUUGCAAAGUGUGCAAGAAGCCUGGGCAUGAAGCGGGAUUCAAGGGGGCGACUUAUAUCGAUUGCCCCAUGAAGCCUUGCUAUCUGUGUAAAAUGCCUGGACACACUACAAUGACUUGCCCUCAUAGAGUGAAUUCUGAGUUUGGAGUUAUUCCUGCUCCGCGCAGAAAUACAUGUAAACCUUUUGAAUAUGUGUUUGAACGGCAGCUAAGACCAUCCGUACCUCCGAUCAAACCCAAAUAUAUGAUCCCUGACCAAGUACAGAGUGCUGUUAUCAGACAUCACAGUAGAAGAGUAACAUGCUUGGAAUUCCACCCCACAAAGAAUAACAUCCUCUUAUCCGGAGAUAAGAAAGGACAAGUUGGAGUCUGGAAUUUUGAAAAAGUAGAUGAGAGGACGGUCUAUGGAAAUAUACAUUCAUGCAUAGUAAAUAACAUGAGGUUUAACCCUAGAAAUGAUUGUAUGUUCUACUGUGCUUCCUCAGAUGGCACCUUUAGUUACACAGACCUGGAGACCGGAAUUUCAUCCCUGCUAAUGGACCUUAACCCUGACGGAUGGCUGGGUCCAAGCAGUUGGAAAAUGCUUUAUGGCAUGGAUGUUAACUUGGAGAAAGGUCUUGCGCUUGUUGCUGAUAACUUUGGCUUUCUUCAUUUGGUAGAUACUCGCACCAACUACAAGACUGGCAAUGCCAUUUUGAUUCAUAAAGGUACCAAAGUUGUUGGUCUUCAUUGCAAUCCAGUACAACCUGACCUCCUCUUGAGUUGUGGAAAUGAUCACUUCGCUCGUAUUUGGGAUAUGCGUCGGUUGGAAACUGGUUCAUCCCUUUAUCAACUUGAGCAUGGUCGUGUAGUUAGCUCUGCAUAUUUUUCUCCUAUUUCUGGGAUUAAAAUCCUUACGACAUCACUGGACAACCGCCUUCGCAUAUGGGAUUCCAUAUUUGGCAAUAUGGAUUCUCCAAGCCGCCAAAUUGUACAUAGUCAUGAUUUCAAUCGGUAUUUGACUCCUUUUAGAGCUGAAUGGGAUCCAAAGGAUCCAUCAGAGUCCCUGGCUGUUGUUGGUCGUUAUAUCAGUGAAAAUUAUAAUGGAGCUGCCCUGCAUCCUAUUGAUUUUAUAGAUACCAGUACAGGGCAAUUGGUAGCAGAGGUCAUGGACCCAAACAUCACAACCAUCAGUCCCGUGAACAAGCUGCAUCCACGUGAUGAUAUUCUGGCAUCUGGAAGUUCUAGAUCACUGUUCAUAUGGAAGCCUAAAGAGAAGUGUGAACCUAUAGAGGAGGAAGAAGAGAGGAAAAUUGUUAUAUGUGCAAGUGCUGAGAAGAAGAAGGGCCAGAAGAAAGGUCGGAAGAAGGGCGAUGAUGAUGAUGAUGAUUCUGAUGAUGAUGCUUUCAUAGCCAAGCUUAAGAAGUCAAAGUCAAAAAAGCAUUGAGCAUUGUGUCAUAGUUGAACCACUUUCCAUUUUACCUUGUAAUUUUGUACAGGUGGGCAAAUUUUCCUCCUAAUUUUGUUGUUUUGGAAUGGGAGGGAUGCCAUCAUCAUGUAGUGAGCUCGGCUUUUCUGUUAUGCUUUAUGCGAUGGCAGGGUUGGUUGUGUAGACUUUUGAUAUGUACAUCUAUUGGUAUUAGAAACAGUCUAGCAUCUUUUGAUUUUAUGUGAAAUUGUACCUGUAUGGUGAUAUUAGAAUAGAAAGGUAUAGUUUUGAAGCUUUUAGAUUGAGAUC